GCUGGGGUCUGUCGGUCUGCUUUACCUCCCGUUGACCAGCGCGAGCAGAGUGACCGUGCGCCGAACACCGCUGACGCACAAAAUGCUGGAAAAGUGACCCAAACGGACGACGCUACUGCCCCGACACCCCGGCUGGACUAUCCAGAGGUGGUCAUCUCAGACCCUCCUGCGCAGUCUGAGCAGCUGGCGGCCCGAUGGAGGUGUUGACACAAUAUCUGCUGUGUGCCAGGGAGCUCCAUCCAUACCUGGUACACCCAAGACAACCAUAAAGGCUGGUACCACCCCUUCCCCUCGCUCCUUUAUCCCGGCCUCCCUGUUUUGCACUACCGCCCUGUGUCACCUGUGGCCUGCAGCAUGAUUGGCAAGCUAAAACAGAACCUGCUGGUGGCCUGCCUGGUCAUCAGUUCGGUGACUGUAUUCUACCUUGGUCGCCACGCCAUGGAGUGCCACCACCGCAUCGAAGAGCGGAGCCAACCUGGUGGAAUUCUGCCUUUGUCUGCGCUUGGGGGAAGCAUGCGGACAACCUUACGGACGGGUCAGAACCUUAGCACGCCUUUUGUUUACAACAAGGACAUGCCACUUAUCUUCAUCGGUGGAGUGCCCCGCAGUGGGACCACACUAAUGCGAGCCAUGCUAGACGCCCAUCCAGACGUCCGCUGUGGUGAAGAAACCCGAGUCAUUCCACGAAUCCUGGCAAUGAAGCAGAUGUGGAGCCGAUCUGGGAGGGAGAAGAUGCGACUGGAUGAGGCUGGAGUGACGGACGAGGUGCUGGACGCUGCCAUGCAGGCCUUUCUGCUGGAAAUCAUCGUCAAACACGGUGAGCCGGCCAACUUCCUCUGCAACAAGGACCCGUUUGCACUGAAGUCGCUCUCCUACUUGGCCAAAAUUUUUCCUCGUGCCAAGUUUGUUCUCAUGAUCCGUGAUGGCCGUGCCUCAGUUCACUCCAUGAUUUCACGGAAGGUGACCAUUGCUGGCUUUGACCUGGGCAGCUAUCGGGACUGCUUGACCAAGUGGAACCGCGCCAUAGAAACCAUGUACUCUCAGUGCCUGGAGGCAUAUGACAAGUGCCUGCCCGUGCACUACGAGGAGCUGGUGCUUCAUCCUGAGAAGUGGAUGAGGACGCUGUUGAAAUUCUUGAACGUUCCCUGGAAUGAUGCAGUCCUUCAUCACGAGCAGCUCAUCGGGAAAGCCGGAGGAGUAUCGCUUUCAAAGGUGGAGCGCUCCACUGACCAAGUCAUCAAGCCAGUCAACGUAGAGGCCUUAUCCAAGUGGGUGGGAAAGAUCCCAGCAGACGUGGUGAGGGACAUGGCUGUGAUAGCUCCUAUGUUGGCCACACUGGGCUAUGACCCCCACGCUAAUCCUCCCAACUACGGGAGGCCUGACCCCAAGGUGCUGGACAACACCAGAAGGGUCUUUAAAGGGGAAUUUCAACUCCCAGAUUUCCUAAAAGAGCAGUCACAGAUGCAGAAGUCUGCAGAGAAGCCAAACCCCAGCUAAGAGAAGAGAAGUGGAAGACGACUCCACAUUCAGUGCAGGAGCAGAAACCGCGGAUGUCACCAUCGUCCAUUCCACCGCCUGCGUUUGCCUCCAGCCACCUCCUUGCUCACAUGACCACGUCGGACUCCAGCGAACAUGCCACGGUGGCGCUGCCAUCGACCCUGCCCCUUCCUCUCGGGGGGAGGGAGAAACCACGGCCUUCAAUGUUGAACAAUUCAAAGAAUGAUAGGUGUUUUUAGCCUUUGAAUGUCGCUAGUUGUUUGUUUCCCCUCAUCUUCACUAAUCAACUUUUAGAAGAGUCUUAAGAUAAUGAACCCUCUGUGAUUCUGUUAUAAGAAAUUACAGUAUUUAUGAAUGGAACUUUCAAAGAGGCAAUACCUGUUCUUCAUUUUUCUUUUUCUCAUGCCUUUGUAUUGUGCAAUGUCAUGGUACUGAAGUAUCAACCACGAUAAACAAUGCUAUUUUUUUUUUAAGCUCUGAGUCUGUUGAUUCACUGAUACUACACUACUACUACAUUACUUCUGGAUGUCAUUCAACAUCUAUACAUACAAGUACACAGACCAGUGAAACUUUCAUUUUACUGUAGAAAACAAAGCUAUUGCUCUAUCUUCAUCUCCAUUAUAUGUGUGGACUGGAAACACAGAAGGACUUUGCUACAGCAGAGUUAGUGUUGCUAAUAGGUCUUUUUUUUUUUCAAACAUGCAGCUUUAGUUCAGACGCGACAUCAGUCAGUAAAUUAUCAAAUGAUGUAUUUAAACAAGCUUCAUCAUACCGUGACACAGGCACCAGCGCGGAGGCGUAAUGAACAAACUCUUGUUUAAUAAUACAAUACAUUCAAGGCAAAUGAUACGUCAUUUUACCAAUACAGAGUCAGUAAUGCAACCUCCCUAAAUAAAUAGAAAUCUCCAAAGUCAGUGCACAACAUUGAGAAGGAACACUUAACAGUCAACUUGAACCACACAUUCUGUAUUUUUGCACAGUAAACAGCUGAACAGAAAAAUAGAUUUGAGAGUAUGAAGUGUCUUUUCUCAAUGUCUCCUUAGAAAUAUCCCAUUUUCCGUUAUUUACAGCGAUGCCCACUCCUCCUCUUCAAACCACACAUUGCACAAGUUAUUGAAUAAACAUUGUUUUUCUCCCAAAAAUAGUUAACAUGUGUAGUAAACAGUCAGUCUUCAAGAUGCAGCACAUUGUCGUCAUGCCACGGAGGGGGCUGUUCAAGGCUUUGGUACAUAGUGUCCUGAUUGGAAGAAGAGAUGCUCUGCACAGACCCCCGUUGCUGGGGGGUGGUGGCAGGCAGAGAGGUGGUGGAUCGGGGUCUGGCGCCUCAGAGAGCCCAACAACUACAGUACACUUGAGAGGAUUGGGGAAGACUCAUGGCACUUGGAUCACAGAUGCAAGUCGGUGCUGGGCAGCCAAUGCAGUGGUACUGGACAGAGUUCACACUGGGAGGAGAAGACCAGGUGGGGGAGGUUUGGGGUAUGGAAACUCCUUCAGGCACACACAUCCUCUGUGCUGGAGCAACCUAACGCUAGGUCCCUGAAUACUGGUUCUAGUUUGGCAUCAAAUGCAGCAGUGUCUCAGGGUGGAUUGAUUGACUCCUGUUGGCUCCACCCAGAAGGGGGCGCUGGAGAACAAGAACACGGGGGGGAUGAUUGCAGCCAGCAGUUGUCACCAGUCAGCAUGUUUGACUCGGCUCGUGGUAGAGCUGGUGAUACUCCACUAACACUUGUACUAGUCCAGUGAAUCAUUGUGCAGCACAAAGACUUCAGGAGGGGAACAUAGGUCAUUGUUGGACAGCGCACUCUAAUAGAAAUAAAUUAGAGGUGGGACUCAAUUACAAAAAAAUAAUUUAAUUUAUUUUUUAAUUUAAUAUUAUAAAACUGAAAUUCUUAUACAAAUGUUUUCAAGACAUUAAAAGAGUUUAAAAGAGCUUUGAUUUCAAUAAUGUGAUAUAAAAACUUGAAUAUAGCCACCAUGGUGAUUUAUUGUGCCAUUGUCAAACUGAUGCGAAAUAAACAAUAGUUUGUUGUUUAACUCUAUGUAUGGGUCCAUCAUUUGAUUCAGUAAUAUACCAAAUUCAAUUCAUUCAAAUUGA